GAAAAGGACAUUGUGGAUGAUGUACUGUCAGGUUGGUGAGGGAGGCUCUGCAGCCGCACCAGUCAAAUCGUCUUGACUGUGUGUUGAGUAGCUGAGACCUGUCUUAUCUUCACCUCAUAAUGCGCAGGCGUGAUCCUAUCUGAGCCCCGCAAAAAGCUGUUACCAUCUGAACUAGACGUCGUGUGCGCUGCUCUUCAUGUGGCGCUCAAACCAAUCCUGAAAUUUUGAUACAUAUUAUUUUGCAGCUCAUCGUCGUCAUAAAAAAGGGGGGGAGCCUGGACAUGAAGGUUUCUUUGGUUGCUGAUCUCUCCGAACAGCACAAUUCAACCUGUGGAUAGUGUGGAGCGCGUCUGUGGCCACCGGCCAGUCUGUGCUAUCUGGGACGCUCUGCCUCCAGCCUGCUUUGCGCGUCUUAGUUGGCUCCGGUCUGUGUCGGCGUGGGAUCCGGUGUCCCGUUUGACCUAAGCUGUGAGCAGGUAUUCAGUUUAUGAAUGGCACUGACAUGGAGGAAAUACCGUUUCAGAAAGUCAAAACCAGGCGGAAGAGAAGUCACUGUCCACCGGGCGUCCCUUUGACCACCAUCGUGUGUGAGGACGAGUUCGACUGCAAGGAGCUCGAGUCUCUCUUCCAAAACUACAACCUGAAGCUGGAGCAGACGUCCACCCUCAAAGCCCUGGCCGUCCUCAUCUUCAUGUGCUCGACGCUGGCCGUAGUGGAGUUGCUGUCCGGCCCCAGUCUCACCAUCUCCAAGGGGUCCCAUCCGGUCCACUGUGUCAUCUUCGUCUCCCUGUUCAUCGUAACUAACGUCAAGUACCUGCAAGUGACACAGCUCCAGCAGAUUGUGAACCUGACGCUGCUCUUCGGCUUCACUUUCUCUUUCCUCUGCUGUCCCUUCUCCCUGGGUGCGAUGGGGAUGGAGCCCCCGACGUCCCCGGAGCAAGGCAUGUGGCAGCUCAUCCUGGUCACCUUCGUCGCCUACGCGCUCCUACCUGUGCGGACACUGUUGGCUGUUGUGUUUGGAAUAAUGGUCUCCAUCUCGCAUUUGAUUGUGACUGCCACCUCUGUUACAGUGAAAACACAGAGACUAUGGAGAACGUUGGUUGCCAACACAGUGCUGUUCACCAGUGUCAACCUGUCAGGGCUGUUUGUGCGCAUCCUGACAGAACGAGCCCAGAGGAAGGCCUUCCUGCAGGCUCGCAACUGCAUUGAAGAGCGACUCCGCAUGGAGGAUGAGAACGAGAAACAGGAGCGCCUGUUAAUGAGUCUGUUGCCCAGGAACGUAGCUAUGGAGAUGAAAGAGGAUUUCCUGAAGCCCCCAGAAAGGAUCUUUCACAAAAUCUACAUCCAACGCCAUGACAAUGUCAGCAUCCUGUUUGCAGACAUAGUAGGUUUCACCAGCCUGGCCUCCCAGUGUACAGCCCAGGAACUGGUUAAACUGCUUAACGAGCUGUUUGGAAAGUUUGAUGAGCUUGCCACGGAGAAUCACUGUCGCAGGAUUAAGAUCCUGGGGGAUUGUUACUACUGUGUGUCUGGACUGACCCAACCCAAGACUGACCACGCCCACUGCUGUGUAGAGAUGGGUCUAGAUAUGAUUGACACCAUAACGUCAGUAGCAGAGGCCACAGAAGUCAACCUAAACAUGCGCGUGGGCUUGCAUACAGGUCGGGUGCUGUGUGGAGUGCUGGGCCUCAGGAAAUGGCAAUAUGAUGUGUGGUCAAAUGAUGUGACCCUGGCCAAUGUGAUGGAGGCUGGAGGACUACCUGGAAAAGUCCACAUCACCAGAUCUACGCUGGAGUGCCUAAAUGGAGACUAUGAGGUGGAGCCUGGAAACGGACACGAAAGGAACACCUUCCUCCAAAAACAUGAAAUUGAAACUUUCUUUAUAGUGCCAUCUCACCGACGGAAGAUAUUCCCAGGAUUGAUUCUUUCGGAUAUAAAGCCCGCCAAAAAGAUGAAGUUCAAAACUGUGUGCUACUUACUAGUGCAGCUUAUGCACUGCAGGAAGAUGUUCAAGGCUGAGAUUCCCUUCUCCAAUGUCAUGAACUGCGAGGAUGGUGAUAAGCGGAGAGCCAUGCGGACGGCUCCGCAGAAGCUGAGGAACCGUCCCAACGCUAAUCAAGCUAACUUGCUCCAGAGCAGCCCCAGAACCCGGGUCAACCGCUACAUCGGCCGGCUGAUCGAGGCCCGCCAGACAGAGUCCGACACCGCCGACCUCAACUUCCUCACACUCAUGUAUAAGUGCUCUGAGCGCGAGCAGAGGUACCACCAGCUUCCUGAUGAGUACUUCACCAGUGCAGUGGUCCUUUCUCUGAUCCUAGCUGCCUUGUUUGGCCUUGUCUAUCUUCUCAUCAUACCACAGGGCACAGUGGUACUAGUCCUUCUCGUCUUCUGCAUCUGUUUUUUAAUAGCUUGUAUCAUGUAUCUGCAUAUCACUAGAGUACAGUGUUUUCCAGGGUGCCUGACCAUUCAGAUUCGCACUGCUCUGUGUAUCCUCAUAGUGCUCUUAAUCUACGCUGUGGCCCAGGCUUGCGUGGUGGGCUGUAUGCCCUGGUUGUGGGAUAGUGCCAAUACCAACAGCUCCAUCGUCAUUAUUGAUGUUGAGAGUGGCGCCAACCACACCAUGGCGGAGCUGCCUUGUGAUGGCGCCCGCUACGCCUUUCUGUCCUGCGUGGUUGGCACACUCACCCUGGCACUUUUCCUGCGCGUCUCCUGGCUGCCAAAGAUGGCGCUAAUGCUCAUUCUGGGAGUGUUGUAUGUCACUGUGUUGGAGCUCAGUGGCUUUCGCAAGACUACAGGUGGGGGGUCCUUCCACAUCCGGGGCUAUGAGCCCAUCCUGUCUCUGUUGCUCUUUGUCAGUGCCCUGGCCCUCCACUCCAGGCAACUUGACCUCAAACUACGCUUGGACUUCCUAUGGGCUGUGCAGGCGGAAGAGGAAAGGGAUGGUAUGGAAAAAGUCAAACUGGACAACAGAAGGAUUCUCUUCAAUCUUCUGCCCGCACAUGUGGCCCAACACUUCCUAAUGUCAAACCCCAGGAACAUGGUGAGCCUCGCUAAUAGACAGGCAGACAGACAGAAAGACAAACAGGAUCUGUACUAUCAGUCCUACGCACAAGUAGGCGUCCUGUUUGCCUCCAUCCCAAACUUCAACGACUUCUACAUCGAACUGGACGGCAACAACAUGGGAGUAGAGUGCCUGAGACUGCUGAAUGAGAUUAUUGCUGACUUUGAUGAGCUCAUGGAUAAGGAGUGCUACAGAGACAUAGAGAAAAUCAAAACCAUUGGCAGUACAUACAUGGCAGCUGUGGGCCUGGUCCCCACCAUUGGUACCAAGGCCAAAAAAUCAGUUUAUGACCAUCUGAGCACGAUAGCAGACUACGCCAUUGAGAUGUUUGAUGUUUUGGAUGAAAUCAACUAUCAGUCGUACAAUGAGUUUGUCUUGAGAGUGGGGAUCAAUGUGGGUCCAGUGGUUGCAGGGGUGAUUGGGGCCCGGCGGCCUCAGUAUGACAUUUGGGGGAACACGGUCAAUGUGGCCAGUCGGAUGGACAGCACUGGAGUACCGGGAAAGAUACAGGUGACCGAAGAGGUUUAUCGCCUACUGAAUACUAACUAUGACCUGGUGUGCCGCGGUAAAGUCAGUGUCAAGGGUAAAGGUGAGAUGCUGACCUACUUCCUGGAAGGGAAGGUUCAGGACUUGGGCAGUGUAACCACUUCUUCAGUGAUGCGUUCUGCCAGCCUGGCACGUCGGAUCCACUCCUGUGGCAAGACGAGCGUCCCAACCAAUCUGGGAAGCGUCUCCUCCGCUGCCAGCCUGACUGCUCAUGCCAGCAUGGGCAGCAACAUUCAGAUGAACACUGCCAACAGCAGCAACAGCCAAGCAACAUGCCUGCCCCCUUCCUGCGUGCCCGCAGUGGGUGAGGAGGACGAGGAGGAUAUAAAGGUGACUGAGAUUGAGAUCGAGCCUGUGAAAGCUGUUGCGGAUGUAGCGGUGUAGAAAGAAACACAAGACUGUAAACUUGCACAGAAAAAUUAAAGAAAACCCUGGUUGAAGGCCUAGAAAAGACAGGGCUAUCCGGGUAUUUCCUACACAUCCUGAGCCACUGGCACAACACAGAUUAAGCUCAUUCAGGAUAUGAGUCAUCACAUGGUGAUACAGACAAUCAUACUUGCUUUUAUGGAAUUUGAACAGCUUGCCACUUUUUGGAGAUGAACAUAAAAUUGUGGAAAGAAGAAGACAGGUACCCGGAAUCUAAAAUACUCUUUUAACAUCUCUUUACCAGAUGAUUAGAUUUGUGGUGUUCCUGGGUUCCCUCAGAUCCAGGUAUAAUGUGCAUAUUCGUUUUACAUGUACAGUACAUAUUCCACGUACAAGGGGAUACUGUAUGUGUGCAUUGAUACUGAGAAAAAAGACUGAUCUUGCUAUUUGCUUUUGCACUGUCUUUCUGAUUAUGCCAAGGAUACAUUGCAUUAUUUACAGUGUAAAAUUGUGUUUCUUUUUAGUGUAUGUAAGCAUGCAUGUGUGUACUUGUGAGUGUGUAUGCAUGUGUGAUUAAUUCUGAAUUGUAACGAAACAGCACAAAAAUACUUUUUUAUACUCAGAGCUCACUGGAUGAAGAGACAUAUUCACAGUUAAUAGUGCAUGACUUCUUAAGAGUUGACAGCCAUAGUAACUCCUGUUGAAUGAGAACCAAAGUAAUGAGCUUUCCAUAGAUCUUCAGUUGUAUUGCCUCACCAUACAAGAGAGAAUAUAUGUGGCACAUGUGACUCUUUCAGACAUCAUUAGAAGAUCUAAAAUGUGUCUUUUUUUUAAACCCUGAAGAGACAAAAUAUGGUUUCAAAAAGGUAUUUUGACCCUUACCUGAUGUUCUUACAUUGCCCUGAUUCACAAUGGUGUCAUGUGAUGUAAGUAAACACACAGGCAGGGGUGGCUUUGAUAUAUGGGAAGGCAGUGGGAAAGACAGAGGAAGGUGUGUGCAUGUAAUUCCACUGAAUUGGACGUGUGCUUCUAUGGAAACUAGUUAAUGCCAAAACUGGACCAGUCAAAAAGCACCACGGACAAAUACAUCACAUAGAGGGCCGAUACACCCGCAUGCACACACACAUAGGCAUUCAUCCACACAAAAGAGAGCACAGUACUUAAGCACAUGCAGUAAGCACACAACUUCUACAAAUGCACAAAGGUGUAACCUAGUGCUUUACCCUUGGCCUCUGCAAAAGCAUCCAUGUACAUUCAUACAUUUCCAAGUGGCCACAGAAACUUUGGUGCAGCAUCUGGCUACUGACGUCCUUCAGGCAUACAUUACUAUACUCCAGCUUUUAGCUAUUUUUAAGCAAUGUUUUGAGUUUUCCUCAGAGAGUUUUAGCUUUAGCACGUCUCUCAGAUGCAGUCUCCGAAACGCAAGGCGCUUCAGAUUAUCUUUAUAGCCUAUAUCUUUAUCAGCAUGUAGAACUUUCACUUGAUCUGCAAAUGUGUAAAUACAUCAUGUUUCAAGUUUUUGCCUUACUCAAUAAGCUUACAGUGAUUGCAACCUGCCUUUUUAGAUAUAUUCACUUUGAUAUGCAGAUCAUACUUUUUGUAAAUAGCCAAAAGCUGUAAACUAUGUUGUAUCUUGUACAGUGUAAAGUUGGGUUAUUGAAUAUUUUGUAAUAAAGACAAUAUUGGUGUAUAAAAUA